AUGGAACAGACACUUCCCCGAGAAGUUCACGAGUUGCGAAGCGGCCGGAGCCCUUCGGAUACUGUUCUUCCCAAGUUCAAUAUUGACUUUGCUGUAGCUCUGCUGAGGCAAGAAAAUGCUAAAGACAUCUGUGUCAUCCAGCUACCUCCAGAAAUAAAUUACUCUAAUUAUUUUGUAAUUGUGAGUGGAUCUUCAACACGACAUCUCCAUGCAAUGGCAAAUUACAUGCUGAAAAUGUACAAGCACCACAAAGAAGAAAGUGAUCCUCAUACUCGGAUUGAAGGGAAGGAGACAGAUGACUGGCUGUGCAUCGAUUUUGGUAACAUAGUGGUGCAUUUCAUGCUGCCAGAGACACGAGAGACUUAUGAAUUGGAGAAGCUGUGGACUCUUGGUUCCUACGAUGACCAGUUAGCACAGAUAACUCCACAGUCACUGCCAGAAGACUUCAUAUUUGGACUGUCUUCUAACAGUAGUGAUCAUCUUGAACAAGAACUUAAUGCAGCCGCUGAGUGGAAAGAGAAAUGA